GCCUUCAACUUUUCCAACAACAAGCCCCUCUCUCCAUCGCUGUCAUGAUAAAUAUAGAACACUAUUACCCUUUCCUGUUGAGCUGUGACGCACGUGCACACCGCCUGGGACCGCGCAGUAUAUAAGGGCCGAGGGAGGGCAAAUACACAAUUUUAACAAACUGGUCAAUUCAAACCCAUAAAAAAGAAGAAGAAGAAGAAGAAGAAGAAGAAGAAGGACAGGAGAAGGGUGUUUUGUUUAUUACGUUGAAAGCGUCUGGAAGACAGAUCAACCACUAAAAGAAUAGCCCGCCUCCCUCUUCCCUCCCUUCUCUCUCCUCCUCUGCCUCACCCAGCACUCUCAGCCAUCCAUGAGUGGGACCAACUCCUCUGCCUAUCGAUCGGAGCGCAGUUUUCACCAGACCUCGUCCUCAUCCUCUGGAAACCCACACAUGGAGAAGAGCCGGGGACUGUUCGCUGAGGACUUUGGCUCCUUCAUGCGGCCUGGGAGCGAGGCCUUGGGCUUUCCCACUGCAUCUGGGAAUGUAAAGACUCUUGGAGAUUUGUACCAGUUCACAGUCGACGUGCAGGACUUCUCCCCUGAAGAUGUCAUCGUCACCACAUCCAACAACCAGAUCGAAGUUCAUGCAGAGAAGUUGGCGCAAGAUGGUUCGGUCAUGAACACUUUCACGCACAAGUGCCAGCUACCCGACGAUGUGGACCCCACCUCAGUGACAUCAUCACUGGGCACCGAGGGGACCCUAACAGUCACGGCACGCCGACACCCGGCCAAACACGAGCUCGCACAGACCUUCCGCACAGAGAUCAAGAUCUGAAGAGGGAGCGCCUGGCGUGUCACACUCCUAAUGUUUUUGUGUUCUUGUGCUACUUCCUGGAUUUCCUGUAUUCACUCAACCCAUUCUAAUAAUGUAAUAACAUGUAAUGUAAUAAUACUCCAAACGCUCAACAGAGAGUUGCCCCUGUGCUCUAUGCAACAUUCUCCCUCCAUCACUGGAGCAAUGCCUGAUGCUGAGUUAGUUCCCUUUACGCGUCAGCAAUAGGUCACGUCUGCACGUAACAUGCUAAGACUGAGGGGUUGGACAUGUGCAGCAUUUACUCUCUCUCUCUCACACACACACAAGCAAAUGAAAACACAUAUUGAGUAACUGUUAACUUGACUGCUGUCCUCUAACAUUGUUCUAAACAUGAAAACUAUCCUCAAUUGAUGGUUGCCACGUUAAUAAUAACUUAUUGUAUAUUGUUGUUUGUGUGAAUUAAAUGAUCCUGCUUUGACGAUAAAUAUGUGUAGUCUCUUGAA